GCAUGCAAGCAUCCUCGUCGCUGCCACUGGAGCCUGGGCCGGAGCGAGGGGCUCCUCGGGGUCGGGACCUGUACACGUUUGUGACAUCGGCGGCGGGUCACAUGAUGAGGACCCUCCAGAAGCCCCGCAGGAACCGCCCCUCCAAGCGGCAGGUCAACCACCGCCGCUUCCUGCACAACAUGAUACAGAGGAAGUUUGCUGACAUCGAGGCGGCUAAUCGCCGCCUCGCGUCCACUCUCUACUUGAAGGAGGCGGAGUCAACGCCUGAGCAGUCAUGUGACCAUUUGGACGGACGCAACCAGAAAGACGCCCGGGAAGUUGAAAGCGGGACAAAGGAACGACACAAGUCCUCAACAUGUCCCGCAGAUGAAACGAUCUUCCUUAAGGACGAUUCUGAAGACACCGCCCCCAUCUCUCCCUCCUUGAUGCCACCGCUUUCGCCGUUGUCCUUUGACGCCGCGCAAAUGUUCGUCGACAUCCCCGGUGACCCUCGCAACUUGGCCGAUAUCGCCGAGAGCGACUGGGAGGACAUUAUGGAUCUGUUCUCUGUGGACGACGGUGCCAUUCAUCACACGGGUCACUUUUCGGAAAGCGACGACAUAGACAGCGGAUGCGGUGUCCGCGGCGAUGGCGGACCAAUCGUAACGGAUUUACCCAAAGACGAAGACUACGCCAUGCCCGAACCAGUUCCCGUGCAGUCCAGCUGCCAACACAGGAUGAUGUCAACGGGGGGCGUGGCUCAGUCUUUUUGGGCCCCGCCUCUGGAAGCCUCACUUGGCCACUUCGCGACGCCGCCUCACGAAGACCAAUUGACGUUCACCGACAUCCUAAUUGACAGCGAGUCACCCGAAUGUGCAGCUUUUAACACGGUUUAUUACCAUGGUGUUUACACCCCAUAAAAAAUACUGAGAACAAAAAAUGGAACUGGCGGAUCAAAUAAAUGAUCCAUUCAGUACUUUUGUUUUGUGCGCGUGUGAAAUAAAGCACACCGAUGCAGCAAAGUGAAAACCAACAACAUAUAUUAAAAGUGGACCCCGGACAGAUGUCUUUUUUUUUUACAGCAUCAUUAACAAACAAAA